AUGGAGCAGCGUUUUGAUUCUUUAAAUGAAUUGAUCGUUGCAUUAUUUAAAGAAGAACAAACUGCGAUUCUCUCCAUAGAUAAAAUUUAUUCUCUCCUCGAAUCUAGUACUGCUUGUGUUAAUGUAGAUCCAGACGGCUACAUUCCAGCAAACUCAGUUCCUCGAAGAAAAACUAUGAGUGUUUUGCAAGAUGAUGAUACUUUUGUACAAGUCGCCGCAGCUGGGCAAGUUAAAUGGGCAUUAAAAUUCAAAACAACAGUUUCAAUUUCUGAUACAGCUAUACUUUCUUCAAUAGAGUCUAUGCUUACUGCAAAUGGUCCAAUGACAAUUCACCAAUUUGCGCAGAAUACCGAUUUGCCAGAAGUCGAUGCAGGAUUAUUUUUACGAUUCUUAACAAUUCAUUCUUCUGAAUUUUCUGCACUUCCGGAUGGAACGUAUUGGUUUGCUGAACAACCGUUACCAGAAAAACAUAAUUAUCAUGCAAUAUCCAUUGCAGUUUAUAACGCUUUGCAAGUUCUUAAGCAGGGAACUCCAGAUCAAAUCUAUUGGUAUCUUUGCUUAUCAACCGUUGAAAAUGCACCUAUUACGAAUGAUAUAGUUCUUUACGAAUUAACUCAUAAUCCAGAUGUCUAUGAGCAACCUCAAUUAAACGUGUAUAGGAUGAUGCCAAAACAAUUUCAUGUGCCAAAUCUACAGUAUAAGCAUGUCGCCAGAAGGAACUCGAUCCCAAUCGUUCCUAAUGAUACACCUUUCGAUCCAGAGGCUUUCUUUGGUAAGACCACACCAUUUGUUUUUAGAAUAUCAUGUUAA